GAGGCGCCCGCGUCGCGAGUUGUGCCGCAGAGCCUGACACACCACUCGGGCGCGUAAGGCCGAGAGGUACUCGAAACGGGCGGGCGGGCGGCUGCGCCUUGAAUCAUCAACCAAUCCCCGAUUUUCCCCACGCCCCAUCGUUUCCUGGAGCCUUGGAUGUCCGCACUAUAAGCUGAAAGGCCUUGAUGCAGCUCCCAGCUCUGCGGUUAUGCACUCCAACAAUAUCUCGGAAUCACUUGAGUCACUUCCAUGGUCAAGAUAUGCCAUAUGCCAUGCCACUCCCUCAUUUGGAACAAGGUGGUCGUCGCCGCAGUGACAUGGAUGCGACCUUCGUUACCGGCGAGACUGGGGACAACCCUCGCCAUCGUGCAUUCGCAGCCAAGGACUAUGCCGACCGAGUCCGGAACCACGCCGCCACCACGGUGUCGCAGUGUCUCCACCCCGGUGACAGUUUCAGGAACCUAGCAGACUUCCUAUUGCAGCCUUAUAUCCAGCGAGCGCCGCAGCUUCCCCUUCUACAAACCCGGUCACCGUCCGCACCGGUUCCUACGCCUACGCCCACGCCCAACCUGAACUCUACCUCUCUGGGUGCCACAGAACCCCGCGUCUCCCGCUUUGCCGCCCUCUACCAAGCGUCAAAGCAGGGAGUUUUCAAACUCCCCUUUGACACUGUACGUGAAUUUGAAGACCUCGGAGACUCGGCACUCCCGGGCGCAGGCAGCUUUGCGUUGCUGCUGCUGCAGGGCUACCCUUCUCCCGAGUGGCUCAACACGUUAGGGGCAAGGUUCGGCAUCGACCCCGAGUUCUUCCAGCGGCACCUUGUGUUUACCUCGGGCUCCGCAAAGGGCGGCGUCGGCGGGCGCAUCCCAAAGCGAACAGCGACGCAUAUCUUGCCCUCAUGCCACGGGGACAUGGUGUCCUUGCAGGUUACGAGGAUCGGCUCGCGUCAGAGUGCCUCCGUGAGACACACAAGCCGUGACCAGGAGGGCCUGGACCAACUCAGACGGCAGGCCUCGGAGGAGAUGGCAGCGUACAUGAGCAAGCUGGCAAGCCUCAAUUCUCCUGGAGUCGCGGCGGCCGAUUCUAUCGUUCGCGAGUUCUCUGUUCACGGCCUCGACUACUUUUCAUUGGAACAAACCGUCUCGCUCGGCAUCCACCAGCUCGGGCAAGGAUGGAUAGGCAUCAUUUGGCACGAUGCUGGCAACCCGCUUGACAAAAGCCUUCAGGGUCCAUGGCAGACGAGGGCGAUCCGGUCAGACUCAUUCGAAGUUACGUAUCUGCCGAUCUCGGUGCACACGCCUGGAGUAGCGCUUAAGAGCAAGAAGAGGAAAGGAGGCACUGGCACCAACGCCACUAGUGACAGCACCAGAGACGGCCUUCGUCCCGGCAUCGAUGACACUGCUUUGACAGCAAACAUGACUCCGAUGGAGCGCAUCUUGGACGAAUACGCGCGCACCGUAGACCUGUCCCGGGCCGUGCACGAUCCCUUCUACGCGUUGAGCCCCUUGUUCAGUUUUGCCGUCUCCUCCGAGAUGGAGGUCCUGGAUCUCAUCGACGCCAAGGUCCGUGACGAACUGGACCACUCCAGCAUGACUGGUGACGGCGUUGCUAGCACCAGCCCAACGCUGUCGAACCUGCUGUACAGCCAACAGGUCCUCAAGCGGCACAUACGCAACCUCCAGGCCCCAAUCAGCUACAUGGAAGCCCUCUGUUCCUCACUUAGCUCCUCCGCCGCUACGACUCCUCGAACCGCCGCCAUCACCACCAUCAGGACGGUGCUCGCCGACUACCGCUUCGCGCUGGCGUACGCCGACGCGCUGGCGGCGGACUGCGUGCAGGGGAUGAGCAUCAUGGCGCACAACGCGGCGAUCCGCGAGUCGCAGAAGGCCAUCGCCGAGGCGCGCGGCGUGACGCGGCUGACCCGUCUGGCGACGCUGUUCGUGCCGCUGGCGCUCGUCACGUCCGCCUUCAGCAUGAACGUGCGCGAGGUCAACGCGGGCGACGGCCCGCCGCUGUGGGCGUGGGCCGUCGUGUCCGUCGUCGUCGGCGCGGUGAGCUGGCUGUUGGUGAGGUAUGAUCUGUCCAGGCUGGCGAGGUGGUGUAGGUGGAGGCGCCGUCCCGUCUCCGAGAGUAGAGUCGUGGGGGCGGGACCUGGGAGCCCCGGCCCCGGCAUCUGGCAGGCGCGUUUCGGCGUAGCAGAGACUCAACGCUAUGUCUGAAGCUUUAUGCCUAUUGGAUCCGUUUUGUUUUUGUUUUGUUUUUUUUGGCGUUUCCUCGCUGGGUAGCCGUCUUGGCGAGACAGGUGGAGUUGUAUACCGUUGUUUGGACCAUCGCGUAACGAGAGACAUGACUAGGUACCUACCGAGGUCAGUAAUGAUGCGCUUACUGUAUAA